AUGAGAUUCCAUCUGCUUCUCCAUAUUCUCCUCUUCCUUUUGGCCUUCUUACCCCCAGUUAGAAGUGGCUUAGGUGCUGCCGAGACUCACUGUAUGAAUCUGGAGGGCACCUGCAGAAGAGACAUUUGCAAAGUAAUAGAAGAUGAAAUCGGUGCUUGCCGAAGACGAUGGAAAUGCUGCAGGUUCUGGUGGAUUCUCGUGCCGAUCCCAACACCAGUUAUCUUUUCAGACUAUCAAGAACCCAUCAAGACCAAGGUAAAAUAA